AUGCCUGAUGUUGACAAUACUGCAUCUCCUGAAUUAAAAUCGCACAACAUCGCGUUUAUGUAUUUUCAUCUUCUUAUCGAUAUUUUAUUGAAAAUGUCAGCUAACAUUGAUUCUUCUUCUAAACAAGAUCUAAUAAAUCAUUUGAGACGUGUCAAUAAUGAACAAUCAGCAUUAAAAGUAAUCGAUGAAUUCGAACAGAAUUACAAAGCUGAAAAUGCAAUAUGGUGGUAUACUAGAGACACAUUUCUCUAUGUUCAACUUAAUGAAGCCCUUAGGAGAUCAGAUUUUGAUGUUUUAUUUGCAUUUCGAUUUUUCAUUGCUGAUUUAUAUAAACAGCUGACUAUUGAGCAUGAACGACUUCAAACUGAUUAUGCUGCCAUGUCAAACGACAGCUCAAUAUUGAAAGUCUAUCGAGGACAAUCGAUUUCAAAUGAAGAAUUAGCUUUACUUCGCGAGAAUCAAAAUGGAUUCUUUUCUAUGCAAAGCUUUCUUAGUACGAGUUUGAACUCAAAUAUUGGCCAAAUUUAUGUUGAAUCAGCUGCACAACCAACAGACACACACGUACGUAUUCUGUACGAGUUCAACAUUGAUACACGUUUACAGACCACUAAACCGUAUGCUAAAAUAAAUCAUUUGAGUCGUUUCGAACACGAAGAUGAAGUUCUACUUGCACUUGGGUCUGUCUUUCAUAUUGAUAACGUUCAAUUUAAUGAUAUUAAUCAAAUAUGGCAGGCUAAAUUAACUUUAUGUGAUGAUAAUAGCUUUGAUUUAUAUGGUUUAAUGAAACAAUAUGCAAGUGAAAUUGUUUAUGAUAGAGUUUCUCCUGGUUUUUUACUUUAUCAACUAGGCAAAUAUACUAAAGCAAAAGAAUAUUUUCAAAAAAUUUUAAAAGAAAAACAUCUUACAGAUAGCGAGAAAGCUCAUUGUUAUCGUGGAUUAGGUACUGUCGCAGCCGAGCUAUACAAUUUUGAUGAAGCACAUGAAAACUUUGAAACAGAACUUCAAAUAUGGCUUAGACUUGAUGACGAAGAUAAUAUCAUGGAAACACGUAAAAAUAUUGGAAACAUGUUGUUUUAUAAAGGAAAAUAUCAAGAAGCAUUAGAUUGUCUCCAAACUGCUGGUUUAUAUUUUAGAUUGAAAAAUAAUUUUAUGGAAUAUUGUCGUAUAUAUGGUAUGAUUGCACAUAUUACGGGUGCUUGGCAACAAUGGAAUGAUUGUUUAGUGUGUUAUGAAGCACAAUUAGAAGCAAGAGAACGAGAAUUAGAUCCAAAUCAUGAAGAUAUCGGUAUUACACAUGCAAAUAUUGGUGUAACUUAUCACUGUAUGGGUAAUUAUGAAGAAGCUGUCAAUCAUUUUCGAAAAGCAUUAGAUAUUUAUCGAACAUCUUUAUCAGAAGAUCAUCCUAAUGUUGAAAAGGCCAAGCGUAAUUUACAUACUUCAGAAUUAGAACUGCAAAAGAAAAAUAUAUCAGAAGACCAUACCGAUCAAUCAAUAAGAUAA